AUGUUCUUCAUUAAAGACCUAACCCUCACUCUUACGCUUCAUCCGUCACAUUUCGGUCCAGACAUGAAGACCCACCUACGCCACCGUCUUCUCCAGGACGUUGAAGGUACUUGCACGGGCGAACACGGCUACAUUGUCUGUGUCCUCGACAUUCUUAACUCAACAACAACCCACGGUAAGGUUGUCCCCUUUGACCCCUGUGCUCAUUUCAACGUCCAAUAUAAGGCCCUCGUUUGGAAACCCAUUAGGGGGGAAGUGGUUGACGCCCAAGUCUCUAGUGUCUCCCCCAUGGGGUUCUUCGCCCAUGCGGGACCCUUGGCCGUCUUUAUCUCGAGACAUUUAAUGCCAACAGGCUUUGAACAUCGUCCACAACAUACUCCGCCUGCUUAUGUAAGCACUGGUGGUACUACUGGAGGUGGGAAUACUGUAAUUUCCGUCGGGGUCCCCAUACGCGUUAAAAUCGUUGGAACUAGAGCCGACGUGGGAUCGAUUAGUGCCAUUGGGUCUAUUAAGGAAGAUUAUUUAGGACCUCUUUAA